CUUCUCUCCAUCCUUCCCUCCAUCUCUUUCCUCCUCAUCCUCCUCCCUUCUCCUUUGGCAGGAUUCGCAGCCAAAGACAGGACAAGUCAUCAUGGCGGUCCUCCACGAGUACGACUAUGUCUUCGCCAUCGGCACCUUGUUUGCCAUGUUGGAUGCCUACAACAACGGUGCAAACGAUGUGGCCAACUCCUGGGCAACCAGUGUCUCCUCCCGCUCCGUCUCUUAUCGUCAGGCCAUGGUCUUCGGCACCGUCUUCGAGAUGUUGGGCGCCAUCUGUGUCGGAGCUCGUACCGCUGACACCAUCAAGAACGGCAUCAUUCCCAACUCCGCCUUCCAGGGCAACGCGGGCGUGCAGAUGCUAGCCUUCACCUGUGCCUUGGCUGCCGCAUCCACUUGGGUGAUGUGGUGUACGCGCCACUCCGCCCAUGUCUCCUCGACUUACUCCCUGAUCUCUGCCGUCGCCGGCGUGGGUGUGGCUACCGUGGGUGCCUCUCACGUGCAGUGGGGUUGGAAUGAUGGCAAGGGCUUAGGUGCCAUCUUCGCCGGGCUGGGAAUGGCCCCCGUCAUCUCGGGAGGUUUCGCGGCUAUCAUCUUCAUGCUCAUCAAGUUGGUCGUGCUCAUCCGCAAGAACCCCAUCCCCUGGGCUGUCUACAGUUCCCCCUUCUUCUUCCUCAUCGCCGCCACGAUCUGCACCCUGUCCAUCGUCUACAAGGGUUCUCCUAGUCUGGGUCUGUCCAAGAAGCCUAGUUGGUACAUUGCGGCGGUCACCAUGGGCACCGGUGGUGGCGUCAUGCUUCUCUCUGCCAUCUUCUUUGUUCCCUUUGUUUACGCCCGCGUCAUCAGAAAGGAUCACAGUGUGAAAUGGUGGAUGUUCAUCAUGGGCCCCAUGCUGCUGACCCGCCCCGUUGUCACUCAUGGCGAACAGGCCAAGGUUCCGGACUACGCCGUCGUGCAGGGAAGCUCCGAAGACCUCACGCUAGGCUCCCCGGAUACUCUCCGCGGCGAUGAUGUCAAGCGGUCCACCCAGGCUGGAGUCGAGUCAAUCCAGUCCCGCAGUGAAGAAGGCGAGAAGCGCAUGGUGGCGGGAGAAACUCAGCAACUGACCUACAAGGAACUCAUGGAACAAUCCGACCGUCGGCUGCGGGAGCGGCUGCUCAAGAAGCGUGGACCCCUGGGCUGGGCGAUGCGUACACUCCGCGACAACCCUAUGGGAGCCGGUCAGCUGUAUGAGGUCCAUAAUAUGGUGAUUCUGGCAAAGCGCAUUCCCGCGAUGAUUGUCUGCGGACUUCUCUACGGCCUGCACUAUGAUAUCCACGCCGCUCAGUCUGGUAUUGCGGGCACCCCCGAAGGCAAGCGCAUGCAGCGCGUGUACAGCCACGCCGCCAAGUAUCCCAACGAAGUCGAACACACCUACUCGUUCAUCCAGGUGUUGACCGCCUGCACUGCCUCCUUUGCUCAUGGUGCCAACGACAUUGGUAACUCGGUCGGUCCUUGGGCUGUCAUCUACUCGGCCUGGUCGACGGGCAACGCGGCGGCGGCCAAGGCACCGGUGCCCAUAUGGCAGUUGGCGGUGCUGUCAGGAUGUAUCUCGAUCGGCUUGAUUACGUACGGCUACAACAUCAUGAAGGUCAUGGGCAACAAGAUCACCUACCACUCGCCGAGUCGCGGUUGUUCGAUGGAAAUGGGAGCUGCGAUUACCGUGCUCGUCUUCUCACAGUACUCGCUGCCGGUGUCGACAUCCAUGUGCAUCACGGGCGCUACCGUCGGCGUGGGACUGUGCAAUGGCACGCUCAAGGCCGUCAACUUCCAACGAGUCGGGCUGCUGCUGCUGGCGUGGAUCAUGACGAUUCCCAUCGCGGGCACGUUGGGUGGAAUCCUGAUGGGAUUGUUCAUCAACGCGCCGCAUUUCUCAUCGUAGAUUGUUAUUUUUCUGAUGUAUUUAACCUUCUGAUGUUUUUCUGAUCGAUGGAUCAAGGCCUGGUGUGGCACGGAGUUUGUUUCUGUUCUUACUACAAUACCCCGAUAAUGUGAUACUUC